AUGAAGUUCAUUUCCAUACCCCUUACUAUCUUUUGCAGGGCUUUGCUUAAAUUUAUACGCGAAGAUGGUCCUGCUUUAGCUAUCACAUACAUCACCAUCAUAUGUGGUGUCCUUUUCUUGCUACUAUUUGCAUUUCUCAUAGAACUCUGCCUUGAACCACUUCCAAUUCAAUUCCCAGCAACUGCUAUCGACCGUGCUUUUCGGUUCAUAAACGCAAGCUUGCGCCCAGCUGCGGAUUGGACUAUAGGUAAUAUGGGAGUAUUCUUUACCCCAUCAUUCAUAUUAAUUCCAACGAGACCCGCGAUUUCAGCUGGGGAAAUUGGGCUCUUGUGUGCCAUGUUUCUACCUGCUUUUUUAAUCACUUGGAUUGGUACGGUACUUUUAUGCAAAUUGGUAACCUUUCUUACAAAGGAAGAUCAAAACAAAAAUCUUGUCACUACCGAUGUGCGAGAAUCGGAUGCAAAGAAGAGCUCAUCUGGUGCGGCCGAUGCUGUUUGCAUCAAUGUGAUGACACUAUCUCAAGCAUCUGAUCACGAAGCCGAUAGGAAUGUCAUAUCGUCACAAGCUUAUACAUCUCAGAGCCAUGGCUCGUCGGGCUCUACUUCGUCAGAUCACUCUAAUCGAGGCCCAAAUUGUUUUGAACCAGAAAAGGGAGAUGGUGAUGCAGGAUCAGCCAAGUCGAUCAAGACUACCAAAAACGAUCCUGAUUUUAGUUCUACAGAAGAAGAGUUCACCACCAAGAUCAAGCUCUGGUUCAAUCCACUCGUAUACUUCUGUGUCUUUCUGGUUGGGCUUCCGCUCUAUUUUACCCCUGGUGGGAAUCCUCGAAGUCUUCCAUUGUUUCUUUCAACACUUUCUCUAUCAUGGCAAUUCAGUAGAAGGGUUGUCCCGAAACUUUGGCAGACAGCUUUGCAUCCGAUUUUAGUCACCAGUAUCAUCACCGUCUUGUGCAUUUGGGGUUUUGGUGCGAUGAAAGGAAUCGGUUUGGUUGAAAAUUUAUCACACUUUACAUCCGGGACCACCUAUCUUCUGAUCCUUCGACAUAGUCGUGGUGUUGCCAUAGACGCACCUGGGGCAGGUGACGUGCUGAAGAGCAUCCUUGUUGCUGGAAUCAUAAGCUUGGCAUUUCCUUUAUUCAAGUAUCGUCAAGGCUUAUAUGAUAAUAUGUUCAAGAUCAUCUUUGUCACUCUGCCAAAUUGUGCUGUAUCAUUAUUGUUAUGGCCAUACAUGUCCCAUCGAAUGGGUAUUGCCCCCGAUAGAGGUGUUUCGUUUGCUGGCCGUUUCUUGUCAACUCCGUUUGGAAUCCAGAUGUUAAGCGCUGUUCGUGGUGAUCAAAGCUUAGUGGUUGUGCUUAUCUGUGUCACAGGAAUACUGGCUGUCUUGACCAAAGAUCUACUCUUUGCUCUACUUCGCGUCCGUACCAAAGCUGGUUCAGAUGAUUCUUUCACUAUUGGUGCUACACUUGGAGUCAUCGGUGGUGCCAUUGGAACUGCCACACUGAUGGAUAACCACCCACAAGCAGCUGCGAUCGCAACAGUGACUUUUGUUCUAUACGGUGUGGCUAUGCUCAGCCUUGUAGCAAUACCACAGGUUGCGAACUAUGUGGGAUUUCUUGCAGGUCUUGGCUUGUAA